UGUGAGCUAGCGUUUCCGCUCGGCCUUAUUUUGUACUUGGACACGCUCUCUCGCUGCAGGGGCAGUGUGUAUGAGCGGCAUUUGUAGUUGUAGGCAGUUUGUAGUUUCUGUGUUAACCUCAGUGUUCAUCAUACCCGCCUAAAUAUCGCAAUUAAAGCAGCCAAUAUGGCGGAUUCCCGGGAGCUGAAGCUGGACUUCACCCUGAAAGAGCUGACUCUGUCCGACCGGUCUGAAGACGUCGACGUGCCCGGCAGCUCGUCCACCGUGGAGCUGCGGGACAGCAAGCUGGUGUGUGUGGAGUAUCCGGCGGUGGUCUCCAGCGUGGACAAGAUGCUGGACACUCUCGGGGGUGAACAAGGAGUGUCCAAAACCUUCGCUCACCCCAACAGACGUCUUGAGCUGCGUUUCCGACCUCAGGACCCGUUCUGUCAUUCUCUCUGUGGAAACCGCUUCCCCUCAAGCAACCUCCUCCUCAGAGUGCGGCGGCGGGUCAGAAAAAAAGAUCCCAGCGAUGCUGAGAUCCACAUGGACAUACUCGGAGUCAUAGGAACAACAUACAAAUUCCAAGGCCUGGCAGACUUUCAGUGCCUAGCCGUGCAUUCAGAGGGUGGAAAAGACACGUCUUUGUAUGACAAAAUCAUCCUCCGAAAAUCAGAGAAUCAGGAGUUCUUUGAGCAGCCCAUGCCUUACUUUCUUCCCCCGGCCAUCUUCUCACGCCUCGACAGCCCUGUGGAUUAUUUCUACCGGACUGACAGCUCUCAAAAGUCACUCCAGCUGCCCACGAACAAGAAGAAUGUUAUUGGUUUGAAUCGCGCUCGACGGCCCCACAAUGCCAUUUUUGUAAGCUUCUGUGAUCCCACUGUGCCCACCGAGUGCCUCGAGGCAGCCAAGAUCAACUGGACACGAGUCUGCCUGAAAGAGCAUGACAAGCAGGCUGAAGAACAACUGAAACAGAUGUUUGAGAGUCGACCCAUCUGGUCACGGAACGCAGUCAAAGCCAACAUCAACAUCCACCCUGAUAAACUGAAACUGUUGCUGCCCGUCUUUGCCUACUACAUGGUGACAGGACCGUGGAGGAGUCUGUGGGUGAGGCUGGGCUAUGACCCUCGAAAGAGUAGAGAGUCUAAGAAGUACCAGAUGCUGGACUUCAGGAUCCGCUGUAGCACCAAGGAUGGGUAUUCAUUAUCGGACAUGCCAGUAAAAGCAAAGAGGAGUGCCCUAAACUACAGUCUGCCCAUCACAUUCAACAAAGCAGGUCCACAGCCAGCUAGUGUGAUGGAACUUCCAGCUCAGGAGGGUCCAAGCACCAGUCGAGAUUCAAACCCAGUCACCUACCAGCUGAAGGAGUCAUCGUAUGUUUUCAGAGAAGGCAUGCUGCCUCCCCACAGACAGAUGUUUUACCAGCUCUGUGAUUUGGAUGUGGCAAGUAUCAAAGAUGUGAUCGAGGAGAACGGUGGGAAUGAGCAGGCCUGCGACGAGAGAGACGGCUGGUGUGUUCUUGGCACCACAGACAAGCUGAGGGACAUGAUCUCAGCCAUGAUCAGGAAGGUCAUCAGAGUCCAGAAACCAGCGCUGCCACAAUUCCCCAAGAAACGCAGAUGCAUAGGCCUGAGUUUAAAAUCCCCAGGAAGAGAUGUGGAUACAGAGGAAGAGGUGCAGGAUGACGAGAACAAGGAUGAUGAAGAGGAAGAUAAAGAUGAUGAGUUUCAGCCAUCGGAGGGUAGCGAAAAUGAGAUGGAGACAGAAAUACUGGAUUAUAUUUAACAAAACCAUUUUGAUGAGCGUUAAUAUCUUUCAUUAUUUGUUACUGUAAGAGGUGAUAUGUUUGAAUUGUUUUUAAGUCAAAUGUGAAUAAAAAUGGAAGUACUUCUAUCUUUGUAAUUAAGAUUUUUGUGAAAAUAGUCCAACUGAAAAUUAUCAGGGAUACCAGUUAAGCCACCGUUUGUUCACAGCAUAAUC